AAUGACAUUUAUGUCACCUGACGAAUAUAAGUUUGUGGAUUUAAACUUAAAUAAAUGAAUUAAUUGACUACACAUAUAUUUGUGUUUUGAUAUCAGUAGCUACAAUGCACUAACACAUUGUAGUAAUGGUAGUGAACAAACAUCAAUUUACAUUUAUAUAAAUGUGUAAACAGGACUUACAAUUAUUUUAAAAUUUAUCGUGACUGGAAUCAUUAUUAACGGAAACGCAAUUGAAUCAAGUUAAUCAAUCAAAAUGAAGAAUAGAAGUCUGUUCUUUAUUGUACUAAUUGUUUGUGCUAAACUAGUGAAUACAUCAUGUCCGUCGACUUGCAGUUGUAGUAACUCAACAUUAGGGUUUGAUGUAAACUGUUAUUCAAAAUCCUUUGAACGUAUUCCAGACUUACCAAAUGAUACGUACCGCCUGAAUUUUGCGUACAACAACAUCGAUGAAAUUGAUGUUCAACUUUGUAAAGAGAUGCCACUUUUACAAUACAUCAUCAUUCAUACCAAUUUGAUUCGAGAAAUUAGAAAUGAAACCUACACAGACUGUCACCAGUUGAUCACUCUGGAUAUACAUCGCAAUAAAUUAACAAGUAUAGCAAAAAUGGUAUUUAGCAAUUUAAGACAACUACAAACAUUAGACCUCAGAUAUAAUACCAUUGAACAUAUACAUCCCGAAGCAUUUCGUACCUUGACAUCACUAAAACAUCUAUACUUACAAAAUAAUGCAAUUGAAUAUGUACGACAGGAAACCUUUUGUAACUUGACAUCCCUGACAAAUCUCGAGCUUGGUUACAACAAAAUUAAUUAUGUCGACGAAAAUACGUUUAGACACCUUUCAAGCCUUCGAUAUUUAUACAUGGAAAACAAUAAUAUAUCUAGCAUCAAUUCAAUUCCAUUUCAAGAAAUGCCAAAUUUGUAUUAUCUUCAUCUACAAUAUAACAGAAUCACAGCUAUACCAAGAGAUGCUUUCAAUAACUUAUCACAGUUAUAUAGAAUAUUCCUUUAUAACAACAAGAUUCAGUCUAUAGAAAAUAAUACGUUCGUCAACAUGACAAGUUUGUAUAAUCUGUAUCUCUACAACAACGAAAUAUCUACAAUUAAACAGCCAGCCUUUACGAAUCUACCUAACCUUCGAUAUCUAUACCUUUAUAACAACAAGAUACAGUAUGUGGAGAGUAAUACGUUCGUCAACAUGACAAAUUUGUAUGAAUUGAUUCUCUACAGCAAUGAAAUAUCUACAAUAAAACAAUCAGCUUUUAUGAAUCUACCAAGGCUAUUUCACCUGUAAGUAUAU